GCAGCAGAUGUGGCCUCAAUGAUUGUUCAGAAGAAGGACAUGGGCUGUAAGGGAGCUACCGCAGUAGGUUCCGUGGAGGAAGCUCGCCAACACCUCGGCACAGGCAAACAGUUCUGGGCUGCUCUUGGAGGGCAGAAGGAAAUCGCUCCGGUAGGCCCCACAGAGGAGGAUGAGUUAUAUGAGAACCACAUUGUGGAAACCAACAUGGUGUACCACCUAAAAGACAACACUCUCCAGCCUUACCAAGAGUACUGGGGCACCGUCCCAAAGUACGAGAUGCUCAAGAAAGAUCAGGUCCUCAUCUUUGAUUACGGGACCGAGUUUUACAUCUGGCAAGGGAAGGCGGUGAAACCAGACCAACGUAAACUUGCCGUGAAACUAGCACGUCAGCUUUGGGACAAGGGCUACGACUACAGUAGCUGUGCUAUCAACCCCCUCUGUCUAAAAC